AUGGAUCUUGAGAAUGUUCGAAAGUAUCCCUGGGGAGUUGCUUCUUUUGACCUUCUCUGCGAGUCAAUAGCUAAAACACGGGACAAACUGAAGGAAAAGACUACUAGUUACGUGUUAGAUGGCUUCUCCUACGCCUUGCAGAUUUGGGCAAUGGAAGCGGUACCAAAGAUUAGAAAGCUCUGUGGAAAAAAAUUGGACAAGGGUUUUAUGAACGGUCCUAGAUGCGUAAACUGGAUGGGAGCUGCAAAGAUUUCAUACGGGGAGUUCAGUAGGUUGGAGAACAUCUUUACAUCCGAGGAUGACAUCUAUCCAUACAUCUCGUGGAGUGGGAAUUAUGAAGUGGUUGUGAAUGCUGCUUUUCGCAGAGCUGAUGAGGUGGAGGAUGAUAGAAUCAAGGUUCUCAUGAAGAUGAUACAUACUAAGCAUGACUUCAGUGAACACGUUUGGGAGUUCGAAGAGACACCAGAGUUUUCUUGGGGGCUUCAUGAAAAACAAGGAGAGGAUGAUGAAGUAGCUGAGAAUGAUGAAGAAGCUCCCAAGAAUGAUGAAGAAGAUGGGAGUGAUGAAGACUUUCGAACUCCAAGAGGAUCAUCGAACAGAGUCUCCGGAGCUAGAAAGGGAAAGAAGAGGCUCCCGGAUCGUGGAAUGGAAAAAAGGAAGCAAAAGAUUCUCUCUUCUAGACCACAACAUGCGCCUUUUAAUGAAGAUAUGAAGAGCUUUAUGGCGCAGUUGUUUGAGCAGAAUUUUUCUGCAAUGGAAGAGAGGCUACAGAAACAGAUGGGUGAAAGAUUUGAGAAAAUGCAGUCUGAGUUUAAAGGUUCACUUAAGGAUGCAAACGUUGAAGUUGACGAUAUAGAGCCAUCGACGAGCAAGCCAUCACCUAGCAAGCCAUCGCCUAUCAAGCCAUCGCCGAGCAAGCCAUCGUCAAGCAAGCCACCACCGAGCAUUCCAUCUCCAAGGAGGUCCAAACGCUUGGAUGUGAAUUUGAGUCAAGCAGAUGAUAUGGACGAAGACAUAGGUACCCAAGGCCUUGAAGGGCUUUCUCAGUCUUCGAAUGUGCCCGGCUUUGAUCCAUCGCAGACCAAUAAGGACAACGAAGCACGUGAUUGGUGGACUCCAAUGACUACUGUCCAAAAACUACCAAAAGUUGAACCAAUGGAAGAAACCGCAGCUCCAUUACCGACUAAGUGGGAGAGAUGGUGUAAAGGACCAAGUAAGAAACUUGAGCUUAGUGAUUCACAAAUGGCUGACGAUGGUUCUCCGCAGUCCUUAUUGUAUUACUUCAACGAAGAAUCAUGGAAUAGAUUCACGCAAUGGACUUUGAAUCCAACACCUUUAAAGAUUGGUCAUACAGCCUUUUAUUUAACUGUUGCUCAGAGGAUAUUAACUCCUGGGAAGUGGCUGGGAAAUGAGGAAAUGGAUGCGAUGAUGUAUAUGUGGAGAGAGAACACAACUUUGAGGCGUUGGAAUAUAAAACGUGUUGCUUUCAUGAGCGCCCUUUUCUGCCUCCAGCUCGACAAUGCAUACCGUAAAUUUCAUCCAAACAAAAAAGCCUACGAAUUGCCGGAUCUUUUUCUUGCUUACGGGAGAGGAGAGCUUCCGUCUCAUGGCCGAACUGAUAAAGUCUGGGGUGUUGAUAUUGAUCGUCUCUACUUUCCUCUGUUUGUAAAUGGUAAUCAUUGGAUUUCUGUCUGUGUCAACAUCAUUGAAAAGAAAGUGGAAUCCUUUGAUUGCCAACGGGGAAGGAAUAGGAAAUACGUAGAGAAGUUUGCUGCUAUGAUUCCUAGGAUAGUGAAGGCCGUUGCGCCACCUGAAAUCAAGAAGCAACUACUCCUCUCACCAUAUUCUAUCGUAGAUGUACCUAUGAAGUCCAGAUUGAACAAGUCUUGUGCCGAUUGUGGGGACAAAACCUACUUGUUCAAAUGGACUGAUCAGUCAGUUGUUGAGGAAGUUGAAGACUUCCAGGAACUGGUUGACGUGCUACUCAUUGACAAUUCCCAGUUUCAAAAAUCAUUGACAGCUUGUGAGACCAUGCUGAAACGCCAGGAGAAUAGAAUUGAAGAAAUGGAAGAUGUGAUUGGACGUUGUGAAGAGAAGACCAUCAAAUGCAUUAGGGAAUUAAGGUUCAUAAAAGCUUUGUUUGUGUUUUGUUUGGUGAUGUUCUGCAUGUACCUUACCUAUGCAUGA